AAUCCAAGAUGGCGUUGCCCGGAGAGGCGGAGGAAGAGGCGGCAGUUUACCUGGUAGUGAGCGGUAUCCCCUCUGGGCUACGCUCGGCCCAGCUACGGAGCUAUUUUAGCCAGUUCCGGGAACAGCCGGGCGAUGGCUUUCUCUGUUUCCACUACCGGCAUCGGCCGGAGCGAGCCCCUCCCCAGGUCACUUCCGACUCUGUCCUCAGUUCUGCGGAUCCUGUUGCUGAGGGUCAGGUUCUCGCCCAGACUGCGGCCACCGAUGCCCGAACUCUUUCCACUCGGAACUCUGCCCCCACCCAGACCCGCACCUGCUGCUGCGUCAUCUCAGUACGGGGGUUGGCUAAAGCCCAGAGGUUUCUUCACAUGUACUCAGGACGCCGGUGGCUGGAUUCUCAAGGGACUUGGCUUCCGGGUCGCUGUCUCAUCCACAGACUUAGGCUACCCACUGAGGCAUCAGGUCUGGGCUCUUUUCCAUUUAAGACCCGGAAAGAACUACAGAAUCGGAAGGCCAAGAAUGAAGUCUUCACCCUGGCUGACCUGAGGCAGCUGCCAGAACUGAACCCACCAGUGCUGAUGCCUAAUGGAAAUGUGGGGACUCCCCUACGGGUCUUUUUGGAGUUGAUCCGGGCCUGCCGCCUCCCACCCCGAAUCAUUACCCAACUGCAGCUCCAGUUCCCCAAGACGGGUUCCUCCCGGCGCUACGGCAACGUACCCUUUGAGUACGAGGACUCAGAGACUGUGGAACAAGAAGAGCAUGUGUACACAGCUGAGGGUGAGGAAAUACCCCAGGGAACCUGCCUGGCAGAUGUACCAGCUGGUUCCUAUGAAGAGCUGGAGGACAAGGAAAAGGAAGAAGAAGAGGAGUCUCACUCAGAUGAUGAUGAUGACCGGGGUGAGGAAUGGGAACGACACGAAGCACUACAUGAAGAUGUGACCAGGCAGGAGCGCACUACUGAACGGCUCUUUGAGGAGGAGAUUGAGCUUAAGUGGGAAAAGGGUGGCUCUGGCCUGGUAUUCUACACAGAUGCCCAGUUCUGGCAGGAGGAAGAAGGAGACUUUGAUGAACAGACAGCUGAUGACUGGGAUGUGGACAUGAGUGUGUACUAUGACAGAGAUGGUGGAGACAAGGAUGCCCGAGACUCUGUGCAAAUGCGUCUAGAACAGAGACUCCGAGAUGGCCAGGAACAUGGCUCUGUGACUGAACACCAGGUCGGCACCUUUGAGCGCCACACCAAGGGCAUUGGCCGGAGGGUGAUGGAGCGGCAGGGCUGGGCAGAGGGCCAGGGCCUGGGCAGCAGAUGCUCGGGGGUACCUGAGGCCUUGGAUGGUGAUGGCCAGCAUCCCAGAUGCAAGCAUGGAUUGGGGUACCAUGGAGAGAAGCUACAGCCAUUCGGACAACAGAAGAGACCCCGUAGAACUGGCUUGGGACUCAUCUCCACCAUAUAUGAUGAGCCUCUACCCCAGGACCAGAGGGAAUCACUGCUCCGACGUCAGCCACCCACCAGCAUGAAGUUUCGGACAGACAUGGCCUUUGUGAAGGGUUCCACCUGUGCCUUGGAGAGCUCCUCAGAGCCUAAGUGA